ACAAUCAGCUGAUAUUACAGGUUCCUGUAAAAGAGUGAGGUUAUGUGUCGGGCUGGGAGGUGUAAUUAAGUGUCCUGUUUUUUGGUGCCGUGCCCCCAUGAUUUUGCAUUCACAGUCAUGGACGGUCAAUCCGAAGUGAAGAAGCUCCAGCAGCACCUAGCCUUGCUCAAGCAAGAGUACGCCAAACUCCAGUCCAAGUACCACGAAAUCGAGAACAAGUACGACGCUAUCGCCGCCACCAGCGGAGACAGCUCCGAAGACACCUUCGCCGCACGGCUGCUCUCCACCGUAAGCACUCUAUACAACUCGGAGACCUACAGCGACAUCCAAAUCAAACUGCCAGACCGCAAAAUCAAUGCCCAUAAGUUAGUCCUAGACGCGCGAUCGAACCUAUGGAACGAGUCAAUUCUACGCGACAAAAAAGAACUAGACUGGACCGAAAUGGAGUCCGACGUCGCCGAAGCAAUAAUUUUAUGGCUGUACACGAACAAAAUCGACUUAAAAUCCGAAGAUAUAACCCUGAAAGUGAUCAGGAAGGCGUUCGAGUUCAAACUAGACAACCUAGUGGAGAGCUGCGAGCAGUUCUUGAUUUACUCCGUCACGAUAAGGACUUGCGUUAAGUUCUACUCGGUGGCCGAGGAAAUCGGGGCGGAAAAUCUGCGCGAGUACUGCUCGGGGUUGAUUUCGACCCACUGGGACGACUUAAACUCGAGCGACUUCGAGCACAUGUCGGGGCCGCUGUUGUACCAGAUGCUGAAGAGCAAGACGCAGCUGCCGCUGCACUCGGCCGUGAGGCUGCAGCGGGAGGACGUGGUGUUUUUGUGUCUCGUGGAGAACUCGGCCAAGUUGAGCGACAUCGUCAACGUGUGGAGUCCCACCGGAGAGCUGCCGCUCGACCUGGCCCUGAGGGGCCACAACGCCAGCAUAGCGGUCACCCUCGUCCAGCACAACGCCGACAUCAACAUCCGGGACUCCCAGGGCGACACCCUCCUCCACCGCGCCAUCAAGCACGAGGACUCCUUCUCGGCGCUGUUCCUCCUCGAGAACAACUGCAACGUCGCGCUCGCCACGCGCGCCGAAAACGACUCGGCGCUGCAUCUGGUGGCCGGCGCGCCGAACCUGGAGGACGGCGCCAAGAUCGCCGAGAAGCUCAUCAACAAAAACGCGAACAUCAACGCUCAAAACCGGCUCGGGUACACCGCCCUCCAUAUCGCCAUCCAAGCCGACAACCGCCCGCUCUUCGUCUUGCUUCUGGCCCAGGCCGCCCUCGAUGUUAAUUUGAAGACGGUCGACGAGCACGUGCCGCUCUACUACGCUCUACUCAAGUACGAGUCGGGCGACGACUCCGAGGAGUCGUACGCGUGUCAACUCCUGGUGAAGGGCGCCCACACGGGUGCGUUGUACUCCUCGAACUGCGACAGUCUUCUUCAGAAGGUGGUGGAGGAUGGGGCGACGAACGCAGCGGUGUUUCUUUGCGACCACCUCACCAACGUUAAUCACGUCAACGGCGACGGAGAGACGGCGCUGCAUGCGGCGUGUGCGAAGAACUCGCCCCAGGUGGUGGACAAGCUGCUAGAACUAGGUGUCAACCCCAACUUGUUGACCAAUGAGUUGAGACAAUCGCCGCUGCACUACGCCGUCAAGAGCAACAGCGUGGAGUGCGUGGAGGUCUUCAUCAAGAGGGGCGAAGGGGCUAACUUCAACGCGCGCGAUAUCAACGGGGAAACCCCAAUCAGUCUGGCGCUAAAUGAAGGUCACAAGGAUCUGGUGCCUGUGUUGAUCCGCGGGAACGCCGACGUUAACGUACGAAACGGAAAAGACUUCACGUUGUUGCACCAAGCCAUCCUGAAGGAGGACGCCAAGACGGCGCUUUUCUUACUGGACAACGGGGCCGACAUCAACGCCAAGACGGCGGAGUCGGAAACGCCCCUCCAACUAGCCAUCCACUGUCGAUUGGGCGAAGUGGUCGACGCUUUGUGUAUUCGGGGCGUGGACAUGUCAGCGCCUGACCGAUUGGAGAACUGUCCCUUGUGGGCGGCGCUUGACUCCGGCCAGGACGAUAUCGCCAGCAUUCUGGUGCGACAUGGGGCGGAUACUGAUUGCUGGGGGCCGGGCCCCGAUGGGUGCCGCCAAACGUUACUACACAAAGCAAUCGAUGAAAACAAAGAAGCGGUGGCUAUUUUCUUGAUCCAGUCUGGAUGCGACCUGGACUCCCCCAGAAUGCCUGGACCCAACGGAGAAGGGGGCGAAGAGGCAACCGAUAGAGCGUCUCCGCUACACUUGUGUUGUCAAUGGGGACUGGAAACCGUGGUCAGAACUUUGAUCGAGCACCGCGCCAACGUGAACAGUCGCGACGCCGACAACAAGACUCCCUUGCACAUCGCCAUCGAGAACCAGCACCCAGAAAUAAUCUCGUUGUUGCUGAGUGUACCAGAGAUCGACUUAAGUCUGAGAGAUAAAUCCGGUUUGAGUCCUUUCGCUACGGCUUUAACCUUCAGGAAUAAUAAGGCGGCGCAAGCGAUCCUAGAUAAAUUACCAUCAGCUGCUGAACAAUUCGACGCCAAGGGCCAAAACUUCCUCCACAUCGCGAUCAAGAAAGGGGACAUCGAGAGCGCCCUCUUCCUCCUCACCGUCCGCGUGGACGUCAACUCCCGCGUCCAGGAUCCCAUGCUGACGCCGCCCCUGCACUUGGCGGCGCGCCACGGCAACGAAACCCUGGUAAGGAGCCUGAUUCUGGCGGGGGCUCGCGUGGACGACAGAGACGCGCAAAAACGUACGGCGCUUCACACGGCCUCCGAAGCAGGCAACGCCCCCGCGGUCUCCGCCCUGCUCCAAAACAACUCCGACUACGACGCCCUGGACAUAGAAAACGACAACGCCCUGCAUAUCGCGGUCCGAGAAGGCCACUUGAACGUCGUCCGUGCCUUGCUAACCGAGUCCAGCAUAGACGCCGAAGCCGUCAAUCUGAAGGGGCGCAACCCCUUACACGAGUUGUGUAAGUACGGGAAGGACAACGCCGCCGCGAUUUGCGAGCUGUUCUUGGAGUGUAUGCCGGAGUAUCCGAUCAAUAAGACUGAUAUUAUGGGGAACUCGCCGCUGCUGUUGGCGUACAUGAGGGGCAACGGGAAUUUGUGUAGGGUUUUGGUAAAGGCGAAGGCGUGUUUGGCUACGGAGAAUAACGAAAGAGUGACGAUUUUUAACUACCAAGUUCCGAGCAAGCAGCUAUUGAAUAGGCUUCUGGACCAGUUGAGUCUGCCGGCGGUUUGGACUAACACGGACUCGUGCCAAGAGUGUGGAAAGAGCUUCUCGAUAACGGUGCGUACUCACCAUUGCAGGCACUGCGGACGAGCCUUGUGCAGCAAGUGCUCGGAUCAAGAAGUCCCCAUUAUCAAGUUUGGGGAGAAUAAACCGGUGCGCGUUUGUAAUAUCUGCUUCGACGUUUUAAAAACGGGGGGUAGUUAACUUACCCGCAACCACUAAGUAGACAUUCCUGCUUAUAUUAUUUUUGUAAUUGUUUGUUAUGGAGAUUUUAUUAAGUCUAUUAAUAGUGUAAUAAAUCAUUGUAUGUGAUUUCUACUAUUUAUUGGAACAUUAAAUAACAAAUUGCUCUAUUG